CCGUGGUGACAAACGGUCGCGACGACGGCGGCCGUGAAAAUGUCGAGGAAGAAGAGGAAGGCGUUGAAGAAGAAGACGAGAGAGAGGCGCCAGUAGACGGACAGCUGCAGCGGAGACAUGGCCGCUCUCAGGUCCUGCCAACCUCCUGCUGUUGUUGUGUGUGUAGCUCCAGCAGUCGGCAGUCCAGGGCUUCAUGAUGCAUCAUGGGAUUUUGAUGACUUCUGACCCUGAAGAAACACAGAGAUGAAAAGAAGAACAUGCGGAGCUGAAGAAGCUGUUUGAAGGAAACGCCAUGAUGUCGCACGUCAGCAGGACGUUGUCUCUGUUAAGACGCUGCUCAGGAGCGCCAGCUCAGACCAGCUUCGCCUCCAGCCUGGUCGUGGCCUCUGACGGCAGCGGGGCAGGGCUCGUCUUACGCUCCCAGGCCACCGAUGUGUACCAGAACCUGGCUCUGGAGGACUGGAUCGACGCCAACGUGGACCUACAGCACCGCAGCAUCCUGCUGCUGUGGAGGAACCGGCCGGCCGUGGUCAUCGGGCGCCACCAGAACCCCUGGACCGAGUGCAACCUGCCGGCCAUGAGGAGGGCGGGGAUCCCUCUGGCCCGCAGGCGGAGCGGCGGCGGGACCGUCUUCCACGACCUCGGGAACCUCAACCUGACCUUCUUCACCUCCAAGAAGGCGUACGACCGGCAGAGGAACCUGAAAGUCGUCACAGAGGCUCUGAGGCGGCUCCGGCCGGGACUGGACGUCCGGGCCACCGACAGAUUCGACAUUUUACUCAACGGACACCUGAAGAUCUCAGGCAGCGCCUCCAGACUGAGCAGGAAGUCGUCCUACCAUCACUGCACCCUGCUGCACUCGGCCGACCGCUCCGCCCUCGCCGAUGUUCUCCGCCCCUCUUGUCCCGGUAUCCAGAGCAACGCCACGCCCAGCGUCCCCUCACCUGUCGCCAACCUGCUGGACCACGCCCCCACGCUGCAGUGGGAGGAGCUGCUGGACGCGCUGGCGCACCAGUACAAUGAAGAGUUCAGCUUCAGCGCCGCGUCGACCCUCGUUGACCCCGCCGACGAGUCCGCGUUCCCUGGUCUCAGCAGGACGGCGGCGGAGCUGCGCGCCUGGGACUGGACGUUCGGUAAGACGCCUAAAUUCAGCGUCCAAACCCUCCUGGACCUGAGGGACGACCGACCGCCUGCUCGCAGCUCCGCCCGGCUGCACGUGGAGGUGAAGAACGGCGUGGUCGACAGCUGCGAGCUGGACGUUCCCGCAGACUGGCUUCCUCGGCGUCUGAGCGGCGAGCUGAGCGGCGUGCUGGUCGGUGAGAGGUUUUGUCGGCAUCGAGCGGCUGCAGCUGUGACCGCGCUGCUGCGGUCGGAGAGCGGCGAGCUGAGGAGCAGACUGAACAACCUGUGCGACGCCGUGGUGUCUGCGAUGGGCUGAAAUAAAACUGGUGAACUGAAACAACUCGGCGUGUGUCGAUUUAUUGAUCAACAGAAAACUGAUCCGGUCAGUAGCGGGGCGUCAUAGCGCCACCCAGAGGCCGCCAGAGCAGACGCCACGCUGACGAUUCAUCAGCAGUGGAGCUGUUUGUCUCGAGGAAACGACACAGGGACAUUAAAAUGUUAUGUCUGACUAGAAACUAGUUCUAACGUCACUACAGUUUGUAAUCACAAGAAAAAUCUGCAGCUAUUCUGAAAAUUUAUGUGUGAAAAAAUCAUUUUAAAUUAAAUCUGUUCGUGCUGCAGAGACGUCCUGGACUUAAAAAAACAGCUUUGUUUGGUUCAGAUCCUGCAAAAGUUUUUCAGUGAAAAUGAGAUGAAUUUUUUAUGUUUAAUUUCACUAAAUAAAGGAAGAAAACUGGUUUAUUA